AAUGAAUUGAUCAAACAGAGAACAUUAAGUCAGUUAUAGACUUGACAAACAAAACUUUAGUACCUGUCACUUGUCGCUCCUACCUGAAUUACGCGAUCAAAGGCACCGGCUGUCAAUCAUUGUAUGUCAUCAAUCUCUGACAAGCGACUGGUAUGAUUGACAUUGACUAAUGAAUUGCAAUAUUUUAUUAAAGUAAUGAACGCUGCAAAGGCGUCUGUACACAACGAAGCGUAACCUAAACAAAUGCUGUGCUUGGAUGACAGGGCCUCAUCUGACUCUGUGACAGCUAUAUAUAUUACCAGAAGUCAAAUAUAAUGGAUGGCAUGUGCAUAUAGUUUAUUCUGUACUUGAAGUCACAUUUCCUUUAAGUUGUGUGGUAGUUAUAUGAGUGUCCAAAAGAGAGCUUUUCAAAAUUUGAAGUGUAUCUGAUCAGUUGAAGUGAAAUUAUUUCAGAAUAUCUCACAACCAUCACCUAUCAUCGUUAAAUAGUUUUACAAUAUCUUUUCGCUAAACAACAUUCUGAACUUAUUUUUUGAUCAAUACAACAUUUUUACAAUGAUUUGGUUCAUUAUAAUUUCACUGGUGUGGCACAUUCUGCGAGUCAAUGCAGAUUGUGUAUAUCCAGAUCUUGGAACACAGAUUGCCUACCUAGAACCCUAUCGCCUGGAUGGUUACAACAAUUUUGAAACAGUUUACAUCUACUGUAACGAGACCAUACCUUAUGUAGCACAGGCCUCUAUCUGCCUUUUUGGCACGUGGGGACCAGAAUUUCCUACUGAAAUAUGUAAUGACCCUUGCCAAGUUCCAGUUGCAGAUGGCAUGACGUAUAGCAGACUUGCUGGUCAAACUGAUGGUGUCAUCUUUACACAUGGUAGCCGUAUAUCAUUCACAUGUGAAAGAGGGGACCCAGGUCCAACUACUUCAACAUGCAACGAUGGUGUUUGGGAACCACCUGUAUUGUGUCCAGAAACAUCAACAACUUACUUAACCACGCUAUUUGUGUCCCCGGCUCAACCAUCGACUAAUGGACGUACAGGUGGAACUGAAUUAUUGACGACCCAGCCGCAACCCUCGAUUACUUCCGGUGCACCAAUCUCCCAUUCAACAGUUGACCACUUUACUACGACAGAACGAGCAGGUACAGACGAUAUUUCGACAAAAUCAUUGCUUACAUCGACACCUGCUACAACAGCUUUUGACAUUUUCACGACACUAUCUAUAUCUUCCGAGUCAAUAGUGGAUCAGCAAACGACUGAGCUGCAGCCCUCGAUUACCUCCGACGCACCUAUCUCCUAUUCAACAGUUGACCUCUCUACUACUACCACGGAUACCAAUACAGAUCACACGUCAGACGGUUUUACAUCUAAGCAAAUAACAUCCAUCCCAUCUUCUGGGACAAAUGAAAUAAUUUCAAACAGUCCUAUGGAAGCAGUUUCAACCCUUUCACCUGUCACUGAUGGUACUGAAACAGAUUCCGCGUCAACAGAAAGAGCAGGUACAGACGAUAUUUCGACAAAACCAUUGCUUACAUCGACAGCUGCUACAACAUAUUCUGACAGUUUCACGACAUCAUUUAUAUCUUCCGGGUCAAUAGUGGAACAGCAAACGACAGAGCUGCAGCCCUCGAUUACCUCCGACGCACCUAUCUCCUAUUCAACAGUUGACCUCUCUACUACUACCACGGAUACCAAUACAGAUCACACAUUAGACGGUUUUACAUCUAAGCAAAUAACAUCCAUCCCAUCUUCUGGGACAAAUGAAAUAAUUUCAAACAGUCCUAUGGAAGCAGUUUCAACCCUUUCACCUGUCACUGAUGGUACUGAAACAAACUCAGCGUCGACAGAACAAACAGGUACAGACGAUAUCUCGACAAAACCAUUGCUUACAUCGACAGCUGCUACAACAUAUUCUGACAGUUUCACGACAUCAUUUAUAUCUUCCGGGUCGAUAGUGGAACAGCAAACGACAGAGCUACAGCCCUCGAUUACCUCCGACGCACCUAUCUCCUAUUCAACAGUUGACCUCUCUACUACUACCACGGAUACCAAUACAGAUCACACAUUAGACGGUUUUACAUCUAAGCAAAAAACAUCCAUCCCAUCUUCUUGGACAAAUGAAAUUAUUUCAAACAGUCCUAUGGAAGCAGUUUCAACCCUUUCACCUGUCACUGAUGGUACUGACACAAACUCAGCGUCGACAGAACAAACAGGUACAGACGAUAUCUCGACAAAACCAUUGCUAAUAUCGACAGCUGCCACAACAGCUUUGGACAGUUUCACGACACCAUCUAUAUCUUCCGAGUCAACAGUGGAACAGAAAACUACUGGGCCGACAGAAAGCUUAACACCACCAACAAAAUAUUCCACGACGACAAAUGCUGACCCGUCUAGUGCUCCUACUAUUGGAAAUACAGUCGAUGGAGCAUCGGACCAACCGAAAGUGACUUCAGAAACUGUCGCUGCUACCAAGAAAACACCUUAUAUGCUUCAUACAGUGACAAUGCAACGAUACACAGCGACAAUGCCGACUGACGGGUCAACAUCAGACAUAAGCCACCAAGGUACAGCAUCAGCUAGUGGUGAACCUACGUCACAUGUUCUGGAUAAUACUUUUUCAACCACGGGAACCUUACAUACUUCCUUGGGGACACUUUCAUCAGUCGCUACAUCAGUCGCUACAUCAUUCGAAAGUAUAACAACGGAGACAGUAAAAGAAGAAGCUUCAAGCGACUCGUACCAUACUGGACGAUCUGUUGCUACCUCACAAUAUGAUACAUCAACAGGCACAGAUUACUUCAGGGAGACCUCAAAUAAUCUAGGGACAUUCGUGACUCUACAUCAAUCUAUAGGAACUACAUGUCUUCUUAACACUUACUCGCCCAAACCCUUCUUGGCUUCCUCUGACCCUACGUUUGAAACCUCGACAACUAUUGGGCAACCAAGCCCAGAGGUUCCAACAGAAGACGCAACAACUCUUGAAAUAGACAGACCAACACUAGGAAUUACAGAAGGUGCUACUACAACCCCAGCUGAAGAGACUAAAUGGUCUACUACAAUAAAGAGAGCUACGACGGAUCAACGAGCAACUACCCAAGGGCCAGGUACUUCAACGAUGUGCUCCUAG